GAGCCGGCGACUUCCGACCGGAAGCGGGGGCCGGCGGAGAUGUGGCGGCGGGCGCGCGCGGCGGGGGCCCCGGUGAGCGGUGCGGGGGCGGUCAUGCUGCGCGGCGGCGCUCAUCUCCUCCUCCGGCCGCAGGGGCUCCGGGCGCCGGCGCGGUUCUCCCCCGCCUGGGCGGGCCUGCAUCGGCCGUCGUGGCUGCGCGGCCUGAGCGCGGACGAGGUGCGCAGAGCCCGGGAGGCCCGGCCGCGGAAGAGCGCGGAGGCGGCGGCCAAGGCCAGGCCCCAGCUGAGCGAGCGGGCCCGGGAGCGGAAGGUGCCGGUUACGCGCGUCGGGCGGCUGGCCGCUUUCGGAGGUCUGGCCGUGGGCUUGGGCUUCGGGGCCUUGGUCGACAUUGUGAGGAACUCCCUCAGUGGGGACCAAAGCGCCAAGGGGAGCAGCCUUUCCGAAGCCAAUGCACAGCGGAUGGUUGACACUCUCUGCAAGAUGCGAGGGGCAGCUCUGAAGAUCGGGCAGAUGUUAAGCAUUCAAGACAGCUACUUGCUCAGCCCCCAGCUGCAGCAGGUCUUCGAGCGUGUCCGCCAGAGUGCAGAUUUCAUGCCUGUCUCGCAGAUGACUGAGGUGCUGUCCGAAGAACUGGGCACUGACUGGCGUGAGCGGAUGGCCUCUUUUGAUGAAAUGCCUUUUGCUGCUGCCUCUGUGGGGCAGGUGCACCUUGGAGUGCUGAGGGAUGGGAUGGAGGUGGCAAUGAAGAUCCAGUAUCCCGGCAUUGCCCAGAGCAUCCAGAGCGACAUGGACAACCUUCUGUCGGUACUCAGGAUGAGCACGAUGUUCCCAGCAGGCCUGUUUGCAGACAACACCCUGCAGAUCCUGCAGAAGGAGCUGGAGAGGGAGUGCGACUACGAGCGGGAAGCCAGCAGCACCAAGAGGUUCAGGCAGCUUCUAGAAGGUGACCCUUUCUUUGAGGUGCCGGAAGUGGUCGACGAGCUGUCUACCAAGAGGGUGCUGUCUAUGGAGCUGGUGGGGGGCAUCCCGCUGGACCAGUGCCAGGAAUUGGACCAGGGGACUCGCAACGAGAUCUGCUCACAGGUCCUCCGUCUUUGCCUCCGGGAGCUCUUCGAAUUUCGGUUCAUGCAGACAGACCCAAACUGGUCUAACUUCUUCUACGACGCUGAGAGACGCAAGAUCACCCUGCUGGACUUUGGGGCUAGCCGGGAUUUUUGCAAGGAGUUCACUGACCACUACAUUGAGGUGGUGAGAGCCGCUGCUGAUGGCGACAGAGAGAAAGUGCUUCAGAAAUCAAAGGACCUGGGAUUCCUGAUUGGAUUUGAAAGCAAGGUCUUUGAGGAGGCCCACGUGGAUGCAGUGAUGGUCCUGGGCAAGGUCUUCUCGACCCCAGGGCCCUUUGACUUCAGCUCCCAGGACACGACCCGCUGCAUCCAGGACCUGAUCCCCGUGAUGCUGAAGCACCGCCUGUGCCCCCCUCCGGAGGAGAGCUACUCCUUGCAUCGCAAGAUGGCCGGUGCCUUCCUCCUCUGUGCCCGUCUCGCUGCCGCUGUGCCCUGCCAGGAGCUGUUUGAAGAGGCCUAUAGCCAAUAUACAGAGGCCGGGAACAGGCCGCCCAUGUGGCAAGGGGAGCAGGGGGAGACCCCUUCUAGGCUGCAGUGAGGGUCUCUGCCCGCUUCCACUUGGUCACAAGGCCUGGCUGCCUUGGCGCAUAGGUAGCCUACCAUGACUGCUGGGUCAUCUGAGAGAUCAGCUCACCAAAGGGGUCAAUAGAAGAGAGUUGGUCUCCUGCCCCUCCCUGGCCAGGAACCGGCCUUCGUCUCCAAGGAAAUCCUGCUGCUUUGGGGGCCUAAAGCGAAGCCUGCCUUCCCUCUGCUGAGCCCGCCCAGUUCUCUGUCGCAUUUCUGUGGGAAGCGCAUCAGCAACAUGUGGGGCUGUGGGUUGCGAGGGAAAGGAGACAAAAAAUGGCCGAGCCUUUUGUGACUCAGGCUGGACUCAGCUGGCAGAGGCUUGUCUGGAUGUGCAGUAUGCAGCUUUUGAUAAACUGCUGCCCUCUAGAUGGGUUGGGAUAUCACUCCCAUCAUCCCAAGCCAGCAUGGACCACAUUCUGGAGAAGCUCUGCAGGAGAACAGAGCAGGGGGUCCAGGCUGUCCUGCCAGAGGUGCUGAUGGCUCCUUUGCAGGAGCACCAGGGAGUGGCUGAUGCCUGGGAAGGCUCCCCAACUCGCAGUGGGGAGGGGGGGAAGGGGGCCACCCUGCCUUUGACAGCCCUUCCUCUUCUUGGUUUGUCUGAACUUCUGUAGUGGCCUUGCUGCUUGACUUCUGGGUUGUCGAAGGCUGGCCAGGAGCCAGAAUAAAGAGAAUUGACCAUCUCAGUGGCUGUGGAUGGAAGGGGGGCCGAGCCACCCCAAGGCUCCUCCACAGGGCCCCAGCCUUUCUGUGCCUUUCUCCUUCAAGACCUGGUCUUGAGGGUCAGGGAGAGCAAUGAGAAGGGGAAGUGAUUUCUGGCAUCCCCUUGGAGAGGGCAGGCCUGGUUGGGCUGGGAGGCAGGCCCAGAGCGGCCCAGUUGCUUCUCAGGGGAACACGGACACACACGGCCCCUCGAGUGCCUGGGAAGGCUUUUGCUCUCUGGGCCUGCAGGGCCUCCGCAGCUUCCUGAUGGCUGAUUGGGAGGGCCCAUGGCUCCUCUUCCCCCCCCCCCCGAACUUUGGGGGAGAAACUGUUGCCUGGCAGGGAGACCCUCAGCAAUUGUUCCCUUCCCUCCAAGUCUUCCCCCACCAGUCAGCACCAGGCUCCCGGAUGGGAAAGCAGGCCCUCUGGCGACCUCUGGAGUCUUGGGGGGGGGGGCGCUAAUGGCAGGUGCUCCGCUCAAAAGCACCUUGGGACCUUGAGGGAGAGGAGGGGGGGAUGUUUGGCUCCUCCGGGCGCACCUGGCAGGUGCUGCUGGGACUCAGCCCUCUGCAGGUGAUCACUUCAGCUCAGGCAGGCAGGGAGCUGCUGAAGGUUGGCACUUGCCCACUGCCCCCCCCCAUCCUUGUGAAGUCACCCCAGGGGGAGCCCCAGUUUGGCCUGCUCCUUUGGGCCAGUGGGGUUCCUGUGCUGUCUCUGUUUCUGCUGCCCAGGAGUCAAUCAGGAGAGUUGCUGAUCUUGCAAAGAGGAAAACGAUGCACAGUUGGGCUCUUGCAUAAGAAAUGGAUCUUACUGUCGGUCCGUGUUCGUUUGCCAAGUUUUGUAACCUUGAAAAAGUCCAUUUCAGAGCUGUAUAAAUAUAGAAUUCAACCUGG